ACUUCUUUGCACAUGUAAAUCUGACAGCAUCUUUAUGUUCGCUUCCUCUUUCUCCCACCACAGCCAAGGUGCACAGUGACCAUGGCAAUGGACAGCAGGGAAACUAAGCUUGACGUGCAUUUAGAGGUAACCGAACCCAAAGGCCCAGAGAGAAGACGACAGGGCAAAUUCCAGCCUUUCAAGCGACUGUUUGGUAAGAGGAAGAAGUACGAGGCAAAGAGGGGCUUUGAUGGAGCGGAGCUAAAAAACAGCUUUUCUACUGGGGAAGUGUGCAACGGAGUCGUAUCUGAGGAUGAGGAGCACAGUCAAAAUCUGAGGGAGUUGAAUCCCAUCGGAUGUCGAGCUCUCUCACAUGACAGCAUCUUUAUCCCAGAGGAACCCGAGCAGCAACCCAGUCUAGAUAAAACCAUGUCCCAGGAAAACGUCUCAGACAAAGUUAAGAACCUCCAGAGGCAGAUAGCACAGAGUAUCAAGUUUGGCCAGAAGCCACCUUCUCUGAGGAGGAGUGAAGGAGAUGAGGACAGUUCUGAUGACGAAGAGGUUCCCCGGAGCCCUUUGAAGGUUCUGGCCCAGGUCGAAGCAGAGCCGUCAAAAGCAGAGCCGAAGUUCCAGGCGGCCCAACAAACUGCAGCACAGAGCACCCCGGUCAAGUCCCCAAGGUCCAAAAGGGUUCUUCCUCCCACCGGUACCAUUGAGUCCAUCAAUCUGGAUGCUGUCCCACAGUUUGUUCCUCGCUUAGACAACACGGCUGCCAAGCAUAAACUGUCUGUCAAACCUAAAAAUCAAAGGAUUUCCCGCAAGCACCGGCGGUUUACACAGGAACUUCAAGAAGUUUCUAUUCCUGAUGUGCUUCAAGAGGAUCUUGAGGUGGCUGGGGUCUCGACUGAUGGCCACCGUAGGGCAUCUGCUGAGGAGCCCCUAGAACAUGUUAAGAAACGACUGCACGAGGAGGAAUGGCAGGAAACCAGGAGGAGGAGAGAGCUGGAGGAACAGAGGCUCAGACAGGAGGAGGCAGAAAACAAAAAGAGAGCAGAAGAGCUGAGGCUCCGUGAACUAGAGAAGGGAGAAGUGUCAAAAGCAACAAAGGAGGAACAAAUGCGAAAAGAGGAAGAAAAAAAGGCUUUAAGAAAAGAAGAAGAAAGGAGACAGCAAGAAGAGGAAGAGUGGGUGCGGCGAGAGUAAGAGGAGAGGAGGGAUGCGAGAAGAGCAGAGCGUCCAGCGGGAAGGAGAAAGACAACUGCAGAACAGAAGAGAAAAGAGGAAGAAAGAAAGAAACGAGAAGAGGAAGACUUAAGGAGGCUAUGUGAGGCUGAGAAACAGCAUCUACUUGCAGAGCAGAAGCGGAGAGAAGAAGAAGAAAGGAAGAGAUGUCAAGAAGCCGAGAAGAGGAGGCUGCAGGAGAUGGAGGAAAAGAAGAAAAUGGAAGAAGAAAGAAAACAGAAAGGAGCUGGAAGAGGAGAGGAGAGGAAGAGAAAAGCUGAGGAGCUGCGCUGGAAAGAGAUGGAAGAGCGACAGAGGCCCUUCACUUUUAAAGUUUCCUCUGGAGAAAAACAAAUUUUGUUCCAGAAGGUCAACCUGACACCCGUCACACCAGCCUCCAGCCACCAGACUGUAGGUGUAGCUGAAGAACGAGAAGCUUCCUCUUCAGAAGGUCCAGAUUCCCCUAACCUCCCAACAUCUCCAUAUGUCCCCCAUACAGCAAUCCUUGUGACGGGGGCCCAGCUCUGUGGGACUGCGGUCAACUUGGACCAAAUCAAAGACACUGCCUGCAAAUCUCUUCUUGGUUUGGCAGAUGAUAGAAAGGCCCAGGGAACACCACCAAUGAAGAGCAAGACUUCACCCGACCGCAACUCUUGCAAGACAAAGUCAUUGACAGAGUUGUCACUCUCAACAGACCAGACCAGUGCAGCUGUUUUGGCAGAAUGGGCAAGUAUUAGAUCAAAGAUAUUUAAGGGAGUCGAGGAGGGGAAAUAUGAUGACUACCCAGAUCUGAACCGAAACCAGCCUGUGCCAAGCAGCGAAGACCAGGCUCCAUUUUCCCACACGAACCUCAGGAAGACCAUGUCUGCCAGCGCCAAGUUCUCAAUCACCCCUGCAAAGAAGAAAUUUACAGACUCCAACAGGAACUCAGAGGUAUUUAGUCCAGAUGAUAAGGAACCAGGAGAGGAAGUGUUUCCGUCUCCUACCUCUGUAUCUACAUCAGCAUCUGUCGGCAAACCUCAGAAUAGGAAGAGUAAAUCUGUCAUCAUAGAAAGAGGCUCUGAGGAAUGUAUGUUUGCUAAAGACCUCCCCUCCUUCCUGGUUCCCAGCCCUGAAACCAAACCUGAGGGUGCUGAGUUGAAGAGCAGGACUCAUGGUGAGAUGGAGGCAGCUGGAAGCAGGGAGGAGAGUGAGGACCGAGGCCAGGACAGUGAGGAUAAACCUUCUCCUUUUGGAAUAAAGCUUAGGAGGACUAACUACUCCCUUCGCUUUCACAGCGAACAGUCCACAGAGAAAAGGAAGAAGCGAUACAGUGCUGGUGACAGCUUUGAUGGCGUCCCUUCGCCUCUCACCCCCAUCGAACCAGACUCUGAUGCUUCCUCUGUAUUUUCUGAUAAAUCCAGUCCCACGUCUCCUCAAAAGAUAGUGUGGUUGCCAAGUACUUGCAUUUCCCCUUCUCGUGCCCUGCCUCAGGCCAAAACAGGUAAACCUAUGGCUCCGUCUGCACACAGCGAAGGUGACAAAGUGCUUUCCAAACUCCUCUACCGAAGACCCCCCACAUCACCCAAACCUGUUGGAGCAAUUACCACAACUCCACCCUCACCACAGCCUAAUGUGGGGCAUGGUAUUCCCAGUGAGGCCAGAAUCCAGAGAACACAAGGUUCGGAUUCAUUCACCCAGGAACAGACAAACAGUGGUGAGGAAUCUUUGGGUGGUCCAGUUGCAUCGAAGCAGUCAUGACCCCGGGUCCAAGGGGAAGAAGAGCCGAAGGAGAAGAAAUCUUUCUUCCCUUCCAUCAACAUUCCCUGGAGAGAGAAGGCAGACAGAAAGGCAGAGCUCAUCAAGAGAGGUCGAAAAACCGCCCUUCAGAGCAGGCACUCGCUAGACAGUGCCAAGGUCCAAGAUAAGGAGGCGGGGCCUUUGUGGAUCACGCUGGCACUGCAGAAGCAGAAAGGCUACAGGGAGCAGCAGCAGGACCGAGAGGAGCGCCGUAGUCAAAGAGAGGCCAAAUUGGCUGAAAAACAAGCAAAAGAGAAAGAAAGUUAUGUUAAAUAGCCCACAGAUAGCAAAGGGAGUGGGAGCACGACUGUGGAGAAACCUCAGACACCAGAGGAGCCAAAAAGACCCGAUAGCCUGCUGGGACGGUUUGAACGCCGGGAACACCUGAAAAAAGCCAGCACCCUACCCAGCUCUGUUACUGUUGAAAUUUCUGACUCUACGCCAUCACCACCUGCUGUCAAAGAGGUGUCAAAACGUUUCCCCUCCAGUGACUCUUCGCAGGUGUCCACUGAGCCGGCCUGGCUGGCCCUGGCCAAGCGGAAGGCCAAAGCCUGGAGCGACUGUCCUCAGAUCAUCAAAUAACAGCCUGAGCAGCAGCCACCUGAGAUGUUACACUGCCCACCAGACUCUGACAGCAUCAACCCAUCCUCCCGAACUCCUAAUCUGACCGUUUACUCUCCGACUGUGAAACAAGACCUCCUCAGGGGUAGACAUUAAAGAUUUCGUCCAUUACUUUAAAAAUUUCCUGGCCUCUCUUGGAAGUGUGUGUGGAAAAUCUUCCCAUUCUUCCCUCAUGUAACCAAAGAGAACAGAGCCACAAAAUAAGCACAAUUUGACUUUUCAAAUGAGCGUUUGUGUAACUUAUGUUACCUGUUCAUAGUUCAGAUCACAGUAAACUUGCUCUUGUGAUUUUUCAGAGAUUUUGUUAAAAGUACCAAAUUCACAAAUGCUCAGUUUUAGAUGUGCACUGACACAAGCACGAUGCACGCGUGUAACAAAUUCUAAAGCUCUAGCAUCUCCAGUCACAAAAACACCCAAAGCCUUCGCCUGAUGAUGACAGACUCACAAAGGACCCUUUAUUUAUUUAUUUAUUU